AUGACAAGUAAACUCUCCCUUAAGCUUGCCACAAGAGAAAAGGCGUUAGUUUGGACUGAAACAGUUUUGUUUGCUGUUACCAAUGUUGUGGCCAUCCUUGGGAAUCUCCUCACUCUUUGCGCCGUGUACCAUAACCACAGACUACGUACGAUUCCCAAAAUAUUCGUCAUAGCACUAGCUGUGAGCGAUAUUCUGAUGUCUACUAUAUGUAUGCCUUUUACAGUUGCACGUCUUUUCCACGGCAGGUGGAUCUUUGAUGAAACGGUCUGCCGCUUUCAAGCAUUUGAGAUCUUUGCGUUUGGCAAGUGUAGUCUUGGAACUAUGGCAGCAAUUGCAGUCAGCCGAUAUUUCUGUGUUGUUAAUUGGGAAAAGUAUCUCUCGCCGUUUAAGAAGAAAGGGGCCUUGAUGCAUAUUUUCAUUGUUUGGUAUCCCAUAUUACUCUUCAAAAAUGACAGCAUUGGAUUCCAGCCUGGAAAGGCAAUGUGUCUGUACAAAUUUGAAAGUAACAUUGCUUACUCUGCCUCAAUCCUUUGCUGUUUCCUCACAACACCCUUGAUUAUCAUCAAGAUCUGCUAUGUCAUAGUGUUCCGCGCCGUGUCGAGAUCAAAUCGUGUUUCCUCACUGGAAAAUAACCUGGAACUUCUUCGGGUUAAUGUUAAAGAAGCCAAAGCGUUUAGUAGCAGUUGUGGUCGGUUUUGCUUUGGCUUCCUGUUUUUGUCGUUGAUAACAUAGACAUGACACGUGGAGGACCCACGCUACCACGACAAGUGUACUUGACUAACAGCCUCUUAAUUUACCUGAGUAGCACCAUAAACCCAUUCAUAUAUUGUGCCACAGAUAAGAGGUUCAGACGAGAGUACAAGGUUGUUUUGAGGAGGAUUUUUACCUUUAAAUGCCGAAACAACAGGGAGAACGGUGACGCCUAACUGAAAUAGCCAGAGAAGUGUGGUAGGAAAUAGAUUUUUCGGAGAUUUUGUCCGAGGUUGUUGCUGGUAAAAUCAGAAACAAAGGACUAACGACAUUAUUUGACACUCAUCAUCCGUCAAGUGCGUUUAUCAACCGAGACGUUUUGAAGUAGUAUCUAAUACCCCAUUUGGUGUUUUCUCAUCAGUAAAUAAUCCAGAACUCCUUCGGAUGAAUGUGGAGGAAGCCAAAGUGACGAGGCGUUUGGUUGCAGUUGUAGUCGGCUUUGCAUGCUGCUGGCUUCCUAUUUUCAUCAUCGACAAUAUCGACAUGGCGCAGGGAGAGCCCACGUGCACGCUACCACGACCAGCUUACGUAACAUACGGCUUUUUGCUUUACUUGAGUAGCACCAUAAACCCCUUCAUAUAUUGUGCCACAGAUAAGAGGUUCAGACGGGAGUAUAAGGCUGUUUUCUGGAAGAUUUUUAGCUUCAAAUGCCGAGCCAACAACGAAAACAACGACGCCUAA